AUGUCUGACCACGAAUUUGGAGGAAACGACGACCUGUCACUGCCAAAGGCCACGGUCCAGAAAAUCGUGACCGAAAUCCUACCACCCGCUAAUGGGACGGCCUUCUCGAAAGAGGCUCGUGACCUGCUCAUAGAAUGCUGCGUCGAGUUUAUCACUCUCGUCUCGUCAGAGGCCAACGAGAUCUCGGAGAAGGAGGCCAAGAAGACCAUUGCAUGCGACCAUAUCACCAAGGCGCUCGAGCAGCUGGGCUUCUCAGACUACGUCCCUGCCGUGCUCGAGGCCGCGUCCGAGCAUAAGGAGCAGCAGAAGGGCCGUGAGAAGAAACUCAACAAGUUCGACCAGAGCGGUAUGUCGAUGGAAGAGUUAGAGCGGUUGCAAGCAGAGCAAUUUGCUGCUGCAGCAGCACGUCACAACUAG